AUGGCACAAUUCUGCACCUCAGACAUCACUGCGCUUAAAGGUCCAGACGUCCCUUCGGAUGCAGCCACCCUACCACCGACCAUAGAAAUGGAGAUACUAGUGGAUCACUGCCUCAACCAGAGAGUGGAACUUAUAUUGGGUUGCGACUCAAACUCUCACCACUUGAGCUGGGGCAGUAAGGAUAUGAGAAUAGACAUUGCCUACAAGGAAACCUAUCCGAUGAGGAUGGUUCAAACAGAUGGCGCAACCAAAACAUGGUGGUGCUCCGAACUGGAACACCUCAGGAAGAGAGCAAGAACGACCUUUAACAAGGCAAAACGUACAAUAUUCGAAGAGGACUGGGAUAUAUAUCAAGCCAACCUCAAAGAGGUCAAGAAAGUCUGCAGACAAAAAUUUAAAAAACCUGGAGAGCCUAUUUUCAUCGUAUUCGCUGCCUUCGUAGCAGUCACCCGUGCAGGAAUCCUUCCAGCAAUCUCCGCCCCAUUGUCUUAUGCCGCCCCCGCAUACUCUGCAGCCCCCGCUGUAUCUUAUUCCAGCAUCUCAGCUCCCGUGGCCACCUAUGCUGCUGCUGCACCUGCAUACGCUAAACUAGCUGCCCCGGCCUUCGCAUACUCUGCUCCUUUGAGCUAUGCUGCCCCAGCCGUGGCUAAAGUAGCAUACUCUGCCGCACCAGCUGUGUCAUACUCCAGCGUGUCCACUCCCAUCAGAUAUGCCGCCCCAGCAAUCGCUAAAAUAGCAGCUCCAGUUUCCUACGCCGCCCCAGCCCUUUCUUACGCUGCCCCAGCAUACAAAGUGGCUGCCCCAGUAUCCUACGCAGCUCCAGCUCUCUCCUACGCCGCUCCAGCUCUUAGAGUAGCUGCCCCAGUAUCCUACGCCGCACCAACUCUCUCCUACGCCGCUCCAGCUCUCAAAGUAGCUGCUCCAGUUGCUUAUGCUGCUCCAGUUGCCAAAGCAGUCAUUGCUGAACCAUCUGCUCCAGCAAACUACGACUUUGGAUAUGGAGUAAACGACCCCCACACCGGAGACAGCAAAAGCCAACAGGAAUCUCGUCGUGGUGAUGUUGUCCAAGGAAGCUACUCCCUCAUCGAAUCAGACGGCACCAAACGUACCGUUGAAUACACUGCUGACCCACACAACGGCUUCAACGCUGUUGUACACAAGGAACCAGCUGCAGUUGCUGUCAAAACCGUAGCUCCAGUUGUUGCCAAAGUAGCUGCUCCUCUUUCCUAUGCCGCUCCAGCCUACGCUGCCUCAGCUCCAGCUUACUACCACUAGAAUCUCGAUUCUUACGACUGAGUAGAUGUUUUUGUAUGUCUGUUGCCUGUGAAUAUGUACUAUUUAUUUAUUAGGCGAAUAUUUUGCCAAAAUAUAUUAUUGAAAGUA